AUGACCAGCUUCCCUACUCAAAAGAUCCAUCCGUGUCUCUGGUUUGACAAGGAAGGCCUCGAGGCCGCAAGACUGUAUACCUCCAUCUUCUCCAACAACCCUCACUCCAAGACCAAGGGGGAUUCAUACAUCGUCAACGAAGCGGCUAUCACCAACGAGUCGGCGGUGCUUGUCUCCUUCAAGCUGAACGGCCAGGAGUACUCGGCUCUCAAUGGCGGACCGCACUAUAAGCAUACCCCCGCCGUCUCCAUGUUCGUGACCUGCGAGGACCAGGCGGAGGUCGAUUAUUUCUGGGACGCACUGCUGAAGGAUGGAGGGAAGCCGGUGCAGUGCGGAUGGCUGACGGAUAAGUUUGGCGUGUCCUGGCAGAUUGUUCCCCGGGCGCUGAUGGUGUUGUCUGCGGAUGAGGAUCGGGAGAAGGCGAACCGGGUCCAGCAGGCGAUGAUGAAGUGUGUUAAGAUGGACGUGAAGAAGUUGGAGGAUGCGUAUAAUGGGGUGCAGUAG